GUCCCGCGCGGCGCUCAUCCCCGAGGGGCCCCAGCAACCUCUUCCUCGCGAAGACUGCACGAGCCCUGCUGGGGAAGAAAAGUGCAGAGAUUGUGGGCAGACUAUGUAAUCGCUGCGGAGGGGGAAGAGGAGGGAUCGGCGCUCUCCUGCGGCGGCGGCGCGGCGACUCGGCUAGGCGGGGUUUCGCGGCGGCUGCGCCCGGCUUGCGCCCGCGGGCGAGAAGGUCGGUCCGUCUAGCCCGGCGGCCGCGAGUCCGACUCCGGGCGUCCCUGAGGCGUGUAAGACAACGAGUGCGCACCCGGGUUACACUGUGCCGCGCCGGCAGCCUGCAGCCAGCAUGGAGAAGGACAGCCUGAGUCGCGCCGACCAGCAGUAUGAGUGCGUGGCGGAGAUCGGCGAAGGCGCCUACGGGAAGGUGUUCAAGGCCCGCGACCUGAAGAACGGCGGCCGCUUCGUGGCUCUGAAGCGCGUGCGAGUGCAGACCAGCGAGGAGGGCAUGCCGCUCUCCACCAUCCGCGAGGUGGCGGUGCUGAGGCACCUGGAGACCUUCGAGCACCCCAACGUGGUCAGGUUGUUUGAUGUGUGCACCGUGUCACGGACCGACAGAGAAACCAAGCUUACACUGGUGUUUGAGCAUGUUGAUCAAGACUUGACCACUUACUUGGAUAAAGUUCCGGAGCCUGGCGUACCCACAGAAACCAUAAAGGAUAUGAUGUUUCAGCUUCUCCGAGGUCUGGACUUUCUUCAUUCUCACAGAGUAGUCCAUCGCGAUCUGAAACCGCAGAACAUUUUGGUGACCAGCAGUGGACAGAUAAAGCUGGCUGACUUUGGCCUUGCCCGCAUCUAUAGUUUUCAGAUGGCCCUUACCUCGGUGGUCGUCACGCUGUGGUACCGAGCCCCAGAAGUCCUGCUCCAGUCCAGCUAUGCCACCCCUGUGGACCUCUGGAGUGUCGGCUGCAUCUUUGCAGAAAUGUUUCGCAGAAAGCCUCUUUUCCGUGGAAGUUCGGACGUGGAUCAACUAGGGAAAAUCUUGGACGUCAUUGGACUCCCAGGGGAGGAAGACUGGCCUAGGGAUGUGGCCCUUCCCCGGCAGGCUUUUCAUUCCAAAUCUGCCCAACCCAUCGAGAAGUUUGUGACAGAUAUUGACGAACUAGGCAAAGACCUACUUCUGAAAUGCCUGACGUUUAAUCCAGCCAAAAGGAUAUCCGCCUACGGCGCCCUGAAUCACCCGUACUUCCAAGAUCUGGAGAGACACAAGGACAACCUGCACACUCACCUGUCCUCCAACCAGAGCGCCUCGGGGCUGAACACAGCCUGAGGUCCCUCGGGGAUGCCGCGAGCUCCGUCAGUCAUCUGAACACAUUGGCGGCUGCGAGUCCCCUCGGCAAGCCUCGCAGAGCAGUUGGAGAUGGCUGGCUGCCGGCCUUCCGACGGCCAGCUUCUGGGUGGGCUCUGCCUUCCCAAGGAAAACCACCUAGUUUACUGUCCAGGGAUCAAUGCAAGAGUGAUUGCAGCUUUAUGUCCGUGCGUACACUUGUUUGUUUUGUCUGUCUGUUUUCAAGAGCCUGGAAAGUUUCCAGACGAAGAGAAGCUGCUGACCAAUCGUGCUGCCAUUUCAUUUUCUAACCUUGAAUGCUGCCAGUGUAGGGUGGGACUCCAGGCCCAGCUGAGUUAGGAUGUAAUCUGCCUGCAGCUGCUGGGCCUGCUUUGGUACUUGUGAGUGUGCGUGCGUGCGUAUGUGUAUGUAUGUGUAAGAGAGGAGGAGGAGGGCAAAGAUCCCUGAUCUCGUCAAGUGUUACUUUUUUUUUUUUUUUCUUUGUAGACAACAAGAAUAAUUGAAUUUUAAAGAGUAGAGGUGACUGGUAGUAAGAAGGGCUUGUUCAGUGAAAGGUGAUUCACAACGGAGUCUUGUUCAGUUAGGAAGGUUGAACCGAAGUCCUCAGAGUUACCUUCCUGUCCAAAAGCUUUUGCUAGCAGUAGACAAUAAAGGUUUAGACACCACAAAAUUGGGGGGAACCCCAAUACCUUUUAAGAGACUUUUUAAGGCAUACAUCUUCUUUUUACUCUUUGGAAAGCUGAACUUAGUGUGUCCCAGGUCCUAUAUAUAGCACAGUAAGUACUUAAUUGUUUUUUUUUUUUUUUGGGGGGGGGGAGAUGCUAGAAGUAUCUUGUUACUUGCAAUAGAUUUAAGGAGUGAGUGUACCUCAGAUAGGUUUUAAAGAUAGAGAGCACCUAUAUUUUCUGGUGUGAAAUGUUAUCAUUUCCUUCGCGUCUCUUGAUAAUUUGUUUUAGGGAGUCACUUCCUGCUCUGACUAGAGGCGGGAAUACCAUUUAGCUGUCUCCACCUCCCACCAUGGCGCGUCUGCCGCACGCUGCCUUGUGUAGUGCCAAGCUCUCAACCACCAGCACUUCUAAUUCAUAUUCCUGCCACUGCCUGGCUAACGACAGACGGCCCAGCUGCCCCCCCCCCAUCCCACACCCGCUUGCACGCUUACCGUCUUUCACCGAAUGCUCGGCAGAUGGCCUGGCUUUGGGCGUAUGGCUCCCAUUCCGCAACCCUAAUAGUAUCCCCUGUGCCUUCUUAGUACAGUCUUCUGCCCCCACCCCCCACCCCCCACCGUCACUGAGGUCACCUGGGCAGUGUAGAGUGCUUGUUCUGCGUGUGACCAACAUAUAGACUGCUACCGACUGUCACUUGGUGUGUCCUAUCUUUAACGUGUAUGUUGUCAGUGUAAUGUCUGAGGAAAUGUCUUUUCCUCUCUUCUAGAGAUAACUAUUUACCCUCUAAAGUGAUCUCCCUGUCCGUUCCACAAGAUGUGGUUUUGGUUUUUGUUUUUUUUCUGGUGCCUCAUGUCAGCCCUGCUUUUUGCAGAGCCAGCCUACCCUGGGCAUUAUAAACAACUGUACCUUACUGUUUUCUUUCAGUCCUUUAUAUUCGGUGCCGCCUUUGCCUUGUUAUCCACGGCUUAGUGCUAAACUGGCACUACCCCAUAGAAGGUGGAGAAGGCAGCUUUGGGGAAGUGGAGCUGAGUUUUGAAUCUUGUUUGAGGGCAUGUAAGUAAAAAACUAGAUGAUGUUUCACUGUGGAACUUUGAAAGAAUGCCUGAUGUUUCACACGGCAGUGUUGGCUCCAGAUGGUGUUUGUAUAUAAUGGAGCCUUACUGUGUUUCUCGUAGCUGAGCAAUGCAUGUGGUUAUUUGUAUGGAGAAGAAUUAGAUGACUUUCCUGAGAUCUUUGGAGGUUGGGAAUCUUCUUCUUCUUCUUCUUCUUCUUCUUCUUCUUCUUCUUCUUCUUCUUCUUCUUCUUCU